CUGCUACGCAGAAUAAGGAUUCUCGAUGCAAGCAUCGGUAGGAGCAGCAACAGCAACAGCAAGAGCGAUAGGACAAAACACGAACGAACAAAUAAAUAAUUUAGCAAUGAUGUUUAUCAUCUUCUACGAGGAUUGACACGAGAAUGGCACCCUCCCACAAAAAGGCAACCCGCAAUACGGUUCAUUGAUGUGCGUGGUUUCAUGGGAUUUAUUGGCUCAUUCAUUGUCGGGUCCUUUUGGUUGUUUUUACGCGCCGCCAUGCCUCUCGCGUAAGCCAGACGGCGGAGCGAAGUCGACCUGGCGCCUAUGACCUCAUCCAUUUGACCCCUCCGCCCCUCCGAGGUCGGCAGACUGACUUUUUACGGUACUUACCGUAAUGGUAUUUAAAAGAGAUGUAACAUAUCGUUCAACCCCUUUGUCGUAAUUUUUUUUUCACCCCGUCUUCCAAGGGCAUUUCAAUUUAUUUCUUUUCACCUGCAAAAUUAACAUUUAUUGUUUUUCCCACAGGGUCAAGUACAGAGGAGGAAUAAUUAUUCCAAAACCAAUCAGAAUUUUGGAUGGUAACUAAUUUCUAGAAAAUUAAAAAUAAAACUCUUACACCAGGUGAAAGAGGAAGAGGAGCAAAAAAGGAACUAUAAAAUUAAAGGAGCGGAGCUAAAAGAUGAGGAAGAAGAAGGUUGAACGAAUGCACCCUGAUUUCAUCCACGCACCGUGGUGUCUUGGAAUUUUGAUCAGCAUCAGCUCGAAGCUUCAGCUUCGACUUCAGUUUCAGAAUUGCGACGCUGAUACGGAAAAGAGACGCCUUACCCACACCUAUAUCAACCCUGUGUGAGGAGAGCGUGACGAGAAACAAACCAACGAAACUAACUUGAGUUGAAACGAAGCAACCAAACUAAAAAAACGUUGCCAGGAGAACGAAGAGAGAGCUGAUUGCAAGUGAGUAGUAAUAGUAAGAGUAGGACGAGUCGGAGGCGGAGGAGGAGGAAGAGGAAAAGGAGGAACAGCGCCCAGCAGUCGGAGAAGAGAGCCCAAAGGCAUUAGGAAGCAGCAGCAGCCCCUCCGACACGGUAAACCAAAGCCCCAUGGCAUAUAGGCAUCAAUUCCCAGUUUCACUUCACAUUCGGUCUCCGGCUGUUGCGGCGGGUGGACCUCAUCGGGUUUAUAAAUACGAAACGAACACGCGCGAGUGUUUUUAUCUUGGCCAAGAUUUACCCGAGAGUUUCAUCAGUUUAAUCAUCAGAGGAAUCUCAUCGUAAUCAUCGUCAUGAUUAUCAUCAUGGGAACCAGAACUCUACAUCUCAUUGUCUGUUUCCUCGGCAUUGGAAUUACAGGAAUAUGCAGCAGUCAAAAUUUUUCAUCCGGAGUUGCGUCGUCGCAGCAGCAGGGAACGACGGAGGUGGUUGCUGCUCAGGUUUACGAAGAUCCUGAAAUAAUGACGGGAUGUUAUUUCUCGGCCGAAUAUCAGGGAGAAUUCGUCAUGCAAGUCAGUGGAACUGGUGCUAAAGGUUCUACGAAUAUGGGGGAACCUGUGCAGUAUUCAUCGGUCAACAUAACAUUCAAUUCUAUUCCAGUUUGGGGAUAUUGUAGACGAAGAGUUGGGCAAAACGUACUUUUAGUCGAUAGGUACGGCGACGGUGAAUGUAUUCGAUGUUUCCGACUGACUAGGAGAUCGCGAAACGUAAUUGAAGUAUUCUCGGAAAAUUUGAACAGGUGCUACACAUACGAAGCCGGUGCAAUUGCCUCAUGUGAAACUUUAUAUUCAACCGCAAUAUUGUACCGAACGAAGGAAAUUGCUGGUCUCCCUAUCAGGAACGAGUACUGUCCUAUUGAAGGUCGCUACCAUUUUACCUAUAAUAUUAACGAUGGAUCGGAAGAGAAGAUCGAAUGUAACACAUUCUCAUCGGACUUUGAUAACUGCCCGGAUGGAUCUGUACUUCAUUUGAAAUUUAAACGAUGCUCCUUUGAGAAUCAUGAUAUAACUUUCAAUUGCCUUGGAAGUUGGGACGGACCAAAUAAAUCACGAUAUUUAGCUCUUCUUGAUACCAGAGAAGGAGGAGAACGCAGACCGCAAUACCGAUGUGGUCUGUAUUACGUUGACAAUAAAAAAGGAAAGACUUAUUUAGCGUUCAGCAGCGAUUCGAGCUGCAUUCAAAAUCUUGAAAAUUCAACCAGCGGAUAUGAAACUUUGGUUUUGAGUAAAGCGACCAAUCAAAAGAAAGUGCCAAACUACGUUGAAGUUCACCUAGCAGUAUUUCCAAAAUGGGCCCACGGCGAAUGGGAACAAUCCGUGAUUGUGAAUGGAACUAUGACCUUCACAGAUUUUAACGGAUACAAAAGUUAUACUUUUGUUACUGUUGAUUCAAACGAUGACACUGGACGCUAUGUGGUGUACUCGAAGGACCAGUGCGAACAAGAAGCUUACGUGUGCUUGAUGAUGAGGCAGAGGAGUGAAAACGUUUUUGAAUUCACCACAGGUAUGGUCUCAAGUCCUGUGUACCAAAAUUACCUCUGCGAUGACCCGAAUCUCGACAAACCUGUGUGGAUGACGCAAUCCAGAAUUGAACGAGUCGUCGAAUCCCCUUGCCCAAUUACUGGCGAGUACACUGGAGUGAUAACUGAUCUCCCUGGAAUGUGUGCCGAACUAAGCAGCAAUUGCUAUACCAGAGAAAUUAUGUACUAUAAAGUCAGCGACUGUGCAACAGGUGAAUUAUUCGAAGAGCGCACGUACCUAUGCUUGGGACAGUGGGAAGAGAACGGCGUAAUGUUUACUUACACGAAAAGAAACGACACGAGUACAAACGAAUGUUUUGUUGGUCUGAUCGUUAAUGACGAAGAAAUUUACAUCAAAGAGGCCGGAGAUCAUUGCAUCAGAGACAUCGAUCCUAAAGAGCAGGGAAUGCGGCUUUACAAAAAAGGCCAGUGUUUUGGAAACUCUCCAAGCCCGGCACCCACACAGUUGAAGCCUAUUCCGCACGAUCCGAUAAUGCGCAUCACUUCUACGCCUCGAUCUAAUACCGGAGAAAACACGAUCAAGGAAGUGACGACAAUACCUACAGUAUCUGGAGCUGAAGGAAUCGUUGAUAUGAAUCAACGUUGCUGUACAUACGUACUAAUUUGGCUCGGGUUCCAUUUUUUACAAAUAUUUCUUCCUGGAGCUGAUCGCUGAUUAAUUGUUCGACUGAAUCGAGGUAUAAUAACGAGGUUUUUUACGCUAUCUCGUGUGAUUCCUACAUGAAAUUUACCGAACUUUAGGCACAGGCUUCUGGUGAACCAACGAAAUUGAACUUCAAACUUCGGUAAGUAUCAUCUAGUCAGAAGCCUCGUGACUUAAUAUAGGCAAAGUAAUUAUAAUCCUGAGGUCUUGCGUCGAUCUAGAGUCAAAAAAAUUAGUAAUUGCUCAAUGAUCUUCAGUUUUAGGAAUACAAGUUUUUUUAUUAUUAUGCUCUGGUGUUGUUGCGACUAAAGUUUAUGAUUCGAAAUCGUUUCUUUUCGUUUUAAAAGUUCAAAUGAG